AUGGCAUCAAACAAAACCACCGUCGAUACCUCAAGUACCGAGCAUGGAACAUGGCGAAAGGAGCUAGAAGCCAACCUUGAGACCGCCAGACAACUCAUCAGCAAAUCCUUCUCACCCCUCUCGGAAACUCCAUACGUCCCAUCCAAUGACCCAGAUAAGAAGACAAUGACUUCCCUUCUGACCGAUCUCAGCAAAAUUGGCUUCAAGGAUGUCGAGACCCUGCUCACAUUGUUCAGCUCCGAGGUCAAGGGCCAGCAAGAUGAUGACAAGCUCAUUCUCGAACAUCUGGUGGCUCUUUUGGCAAAGUUGAAUGACAACUCAAAGAUUUCGACGCAACUUACCGGAAACUUCAUCAGUGGUCUUUGGAAUGCUCUUCCUCAUCCUCCCAUGACCAGUCUUGGCACCAAAUACAAGUACCGAGCGGCCGAUGGAUCUCACAACAAUAUUCACAAUCCUCAACUUGGAGCGGCAAAUACACCAUAUGCCAGAAGUGCAAAACCCUCCAUUCUCCAGAAUAUCGCCCUCCCUGAUCCUGCAGCCAUCUUUGACAGUUUGAUGGUCCGCGGAGACACUUUCACACCCCACCCAAACAAGAUCUCUAGCAUGCUCUUCUACCUGGCCACCAUCAUCAUUCACGACAUUUUCCGAACUGAUCAUGAUGAUUUCAAUAAUUCCAUGACCAGUUCGUAUCUUGAUCUUGCUCCACUGUAUGGAAGCAAUCAAGAUGAGCAAAACACCGUCCGAACAUUCAAGAAUGGACUCCUCAAGCCUGACUGUUUCUCUGAGAAGAGACUUUUGGGGUUUCCUCCCGGAGUUGGUGUCAUGGUGAUUAUGUUCAAUAGGUUCCACAAUUAUGUCGUCACUCAGCUUGCUGCUAUCAAUGAGAACGGCCGUUUCGCAAAACCGAAGGACGAUGAUCCAAAGAAGAAGUGGGAUGAUUAUGACAACGAUCUGUUCCAGACAGGUCGCCUCAUUACUUGUGGUCUCUACGUCAACUGCAUUCUCAAGGAUUAUGUCAGAACCAUUCUGAGCUUGAAUCGCACUGACACGAAAUGGGAUCUUGAUCCGAGAACGGAGGAGGGUAAGACUUUGUUCAAGACGCCUACAGCCGAGGGAUGUGGCAACCAGGUAUCGGCAGAGUUCAAUCUGAUUUACAGAUGGCAUUCGGCUGUCUCCGAAAAGGAUGACAAAUGGACUCAAGAUAUCUACACCAAGAUGUUCCCCGGAAAGAAGCCAGAAGAUGUCAGCCUUGGCCAACUGCUCGGUGCUCUUCGUGCCAUGGAAGCAAACACCCCAAAGGAUCCAUUUGAACGACCAUUCGCAGGUCUGAAGCGCCAAGCCGACGGCACGUUCAAUGAUGACGAGCUGGUCAAGAUCCUGCAGUCUUCUGUAGAAGACGUUGCGGGAUCCUUCGGUGCUAACCGUGUACCCAAGAUUCUGAAGUCUGUGGAAAUCCUCGGCAUAAUUCAAGCACGAUCCUGGAAUAUUGCGUCCUUGAACGAGUUCAGAGAGUUCGCUGGACUCAAGAAGCAUGCUACAUUCGAGGACAUCAACCCCGAUCCUAAGGUAGCUGAAAAGUUGAAGAAUCUUUACGAUCAUCCAGACUACGUUGAGCUGUAUCCUGGUCUUGUUGCAGAGAAGGCCAAGCCGCCCAUGAGCCCAGGCUCGGGUCUAUGCGUUAACUUCACGACCUCGUACGCAAUUCUAUCGGAUGCUGUAGGUUUGGUGAGAGGUGAUCGAUUCUACACAACUGAUUACACGCCGCGAAAUCUGACCAAUUGGGGAUACAAUGAAGUACAAUUCGAUCGUGCUGUUGAUGAUGGUUGUGUAUUCUACAAGCUCAUCCUCCGCGCUUUCCCUAAGCAUUUCAAGGGAGACUCUAUCUAUGCGCACUACCCGCUCGUCAUUCCAGAAGAAAACUUGGUUAUCAUGAAAUCACUCAACCGAGCCGACAAAUACAACUGGGAAAAACCAUCCCGAGCUCCAGAGACAGUCGUUGUCAAGUCGUACACCGCGGCGAAAAAUAUUCUUGGUGAUAAAGUAAACUGGAAGGUAACCGCCGGUGAUGGUAUACAAUACAUGACCAGCCAGCCGAAGAAGGCCAAUGGGGCCGACUUUGCCUUGUCAGGCGACAGUCCUGUUAACGAGUCGUCCCGAAACCUCAUCAAGAAAGGUCUUUAUCCCAAAGAUUGGCAAUCGGAAGUCAAGAAGUUCUACGAGCAGACCACUACUGAACUUCUCGAGGAGUACAGCUUCAAAGUACCCGGCAAGAACGCGUACCAAGUUGAUAUCGUCCGUGAUAUUGCGAACCUCGUCAGUGCUAGAUUUGCAGCAUCAGUCUUCAGCUUGCCUAUCAAAACUGAGGAGUCGCCAAGAGGCAUCUACACGGAACAGGAGCUGUACCAAGUUCUGGCUUUGUGCUCAAUCAACAUUUCUCACAAUAGUGAUGUAACCAAGAGUUUCCAGAUUAGAGAGGCAGCACAUCUGCUUGCGCAACAGUUGGGCGACUUGGUACUGCUCAACGCGGAAGCCAUCUCCGCUACCGGUUUCCUCGCUGACGUACUCGCGAAGCUCCAUCAACAUACUGCUCUGACCGAUUAUGGAACUCACAUGAUCCAACGAUUGUUGGAUAGCAAGAUCUCCAUCAAAGAUGUGGUAUGGUCACACAUUCUCCCAACGGCAGCAUCCAUGACCGCAAACCAAUCCCAAAUCUUCUCUGAAGCACUUGACUACUACCUUGGUGAAGGCGCCGAAUACAUUCCCAAGAUCUAUAAACUCUCCAAAGCCAACACCAAAGAAGCUGACGACCUCAUCACCCGCUACUUCCUCGAAGGUGCUCGCCUCCGCUCCACAGUUCGUCUCUCCCGAAACUUCAAGCCCGCCUAUCCCGCAACCACAAAAGUCGACAUCGCAGACGGCUCAUCAACCAUCAAUAUCCCUGCCAACGGUCGUGUCUUAGUAGAUAUCAAAUUUGCCUCCCAAGACGCAUCUGCCUUCCCCGAUCCCACAGCUGUCCGUCUCGACCGCCCUCUCGAGUCAUACUUGGCCUACGGAUAUGGGCCUCACCAAUGCGUAGGCAUGGAUGCCAGUCUCACGGCUAUGACUGCUAUGUUCAAGAUUGUGUUUGGCUUGAAAGGAUUGGGACGUGUAGUUGGUAGUGCGCCGGGUGGUGCGUGGUAUAGAGGUGCUGAGAGUCGGGGAGAGCUGAAGAGAGUUCCGGGUCCGUAUGGAGCAACGUUGUACAUGACGCCUGAUCAGACGAGUUUCUUCCCGUUCCCGACGACGAUGAAGGUCCAGUGGGAUGCAGAGUAG